AAAUACUGAAAGAGAACGAGCAUAAAAAAUCGAUUUUUAACAUUGUCAUUAUCGUGUAAGAUAUAAUUAUGAGUUAUCUAGUUGUACUGUCCGUUAUUGUUGCCGCCGUUAGCGGUCAGCUACUGACUCCAGACGAAGUCGAAAAAUUAAAAUCUUACCACGCAAGCUGCCUUAAAGAAACCGGAAUCGAUGAGUCCCUAGUAAAAAAAGCCAUGACCGGAGAAUACACCGACGAUCCAAAAUUCAAAGAUCACCUCUUGUGUUGCCAUAAGAAAAUCGGUUUUCAAAAUGACGCAGGUGAUAUAAACGAGGAGGCGAUAAUAAAAAAAGUAUCGAUGGUAUUUAAGAAUGAAGAAGUGGUUAAGUUGGCCGUGCAGAAGUGUUCGAAGAAGCAAGCGACACCUAGUGAGACCGCUUAUGAGUUCGCCAAGUGUAUGCAUGCCUUUGCUCCCAAGGAUUUGGAUAUAGUUUCCAUGUUUUAUUAAUUGGAUUUUAUUAACUGAUUUGUGUUACCAAGAAAUGUCUUAAAUAAAACGAAAACAUCAA